AUGAGAUACCAAUUCUUUUGGGCUACACUGCUCGCCAGUGGUCAGAGCCUGGCGGCUCCUUUUGCUCAAAGGACCACUCAUCCAUCUGUCGAUUCUCUUGGCUCCCUUCGUGCUCUGCAUUACAACAACUUGGGACCCCAGAACAAUGGUACCUCGGCGGUCCUCGUGCACGACACACUAAGCUUUGACGAUGCCAUAUUAAAAUGUGCAGCCAUCGGAGAGAGUGUCUAUCCAUGGUCCAAGGGAGUCUGCAAUAGCCAAAAGGAGCUCCAGUAUCAAUUAGAUUAUCUCGUGUUUGCCAAGGAACUUCAACCCGACGACUUCGUGUGGAUUUCGGCCAACAACAGCAUUGGGAACUGCUCUGCCUUUUCUCUUGAGGACAAAAAGGUCAUUCAAAAGCCAUGCAAAGAGAACUUGCCAGCUCUCUGUACUUCAACUGUUCCUCCAACAACCGACCUCGACCGAGAUGUCAGAAACAAGACGAAACUCACCGUCGAGUCAAAGGGCUAUAAGCUCACUGGAUAUCGCGAUGCACGCUCCUUCCGUUUCCUUGGCGUACCAUUCGCAAACCCCCCGGUCAAAAACUUGCGAUUUGCUCCACCACAGGCCUACAACGGAUCCAAGAGACUCGAGGCAACCAGCAUGGCGGACUCUUGCAUCCAAUCGGUCUCAAGCUUCGGAACUCUGGGUACAGGUGGUAUCUCUGAAGACUGCCUGUAUUUGAACGUUUACACACCAUACUUGCCCAUGAAGCCUACGAACCAGACUUCUCUUCGGCCUGUGGCGGUUUACCUGUACGGAGGUGCCUUUACAAAGGGAAGUUCUGCCAUGGUUGACUACGACGGUGGAAACUUUGCCAGCCGUAGUGAUGUCGUCGUUGUGACACUCAAUUACCGCCUCGGAGCCCUGGGCUUCCUCUCAACCGGGAACAAGACGACCGGAAGCUACGGCAUUCAAGAUCAGAUCAUGGCGCUGAAGUGGGUGCAGAAGCACAUCGGUGCCUUCGGCGGUAACGCUUCUCACGUUACUGUCUUCGGUCAGUCUGCCGGAGGUCAGAGUGCCGUGGCACUCCUCUCUUCUACCGCAGCGAAGGGUCUUUUCUCAGGUGCUCUAGUUCAGUCUGCGCCUUUGGAUCUCCCAUGGUUCCCCCGCGCGCUGUACUCAGAUUAUAUUGCCCCACAGGUCGGAAAGGCUGUUGGCUGCAACGAUACUCGAUCCGAAGCGAGUUUCCUCAAAUGUCUCCGAUCUGUCCCAGCAUCGAGAUAUGUGGAUAACUCCACUGCAUUCCAAAAUGCUACCAAAGCCAUUGCCUCUAGCAUUGCCAAACACUAUUACCAAAACACGGAGCUGCUCUCUGCCACCGAGCCGUUCAUGCCCAUGGUAGACGACUCAGGAUCUGGUGUGAUCGACGGUCAAUUCCACACCCUCCUCGAAAACGACUCGCUUCCCAUUCGUGUCCCGGCCAUGUUUACCACAGUCCGUGACGAGUCGAGUCUCUACACUGGGCGCCAAGUUCCCAAUUUGGGAUCAACCCAGCUUGCUCUUAACGUCUUGCUCAAAGCCACAUUCGGUAGCAAGUUGGCUCCUCAACUCAUCGAUUCGGGUGCCUUCAAGAUCAAUGGCUCAGACUCAGAUGGCGUGCGAAAUACCGUUUCAGAUGCCUUGACGCAUAGUGAAUGGUCCUGUGCUCAAGGACAUCUCCUCAACAUCUCAGACUCGGCCUUCCCAUCUUUGUACGAGGUCGAAAUUGAAGAUGGCCACAUUCAAACGAAUAUGAGUGUGCCGGCGAUAUGUUCUCCAAACAAUAACUACAAUGCUUCAUGCCAUGCUUCGGAUGUGCUACUUGCCUGGGGUACACUGAACUCCAAGACGAAGAACGUGGACCCGUACUACAACCAGAAAGAGAUUCUGCAUUCGCAGUUCAUUCACGAUAUGUUCGGCGCGUUCUUCCGUACACGCAACCCGAACCCAGAUCCUGAAUUCUUGAAGGUCCGCGGCCCGGCUUAUGCUAGUACUCUCGCCAUCACUGCCGGCACGCAUGCCGGUAGAAACCAAUCCCAUGCGAAGGAUGCCUAUACCAUUCAGCAAUAUCGUGGAUCGGAGCGGAAUAUCUCCCUGGUGGGAACGACACCGUCCACCACGCCCAACUAUAUCAACUCGGAAAAAUGCGCCGUGUUCCAGGAUUAUGGCUUCACAUUUGAACGGGCAAGGUUUACCGAUUGA